CAUCGAUGAGACUAUAUCAUGAGAAACAACAUACUGACCCAAAACUUCUGAUUCAACAUUUCACAAUUUGCUAUCUUUUACCUUACUAUUUUAUAAAUUAUUAAGAGUUUUACUUUCCAUAAGUGGGAUCCUUUUGUAAAGCAUGCUUAAAGAUAGUCUCUUGCCUGCAAUAGAGGUUAGAAUCGACCUCUUAUUUUGUUGGCGGCAACAAAUUUAAACACAUGCGCGGGAUUAACUGGAAAAUCGGCAACCUCAAAUCAUAGUCUUAAGCGUUCGCUAUUCAGACGGUACUUAUUGUGAAUUUGUUCUCAGCAUGUUGAGGGGUUUUAUCCCAAUUAAAAGAGGGACAAAUCCUUUCAAAACAUUUAGCGUGGUAAGGGAUAAUUUAUGAUGGUGUUGAUUAUAGAUACAUUUUACGAGAACACAUCACAGGUGUUUAAAGUAGUAGUGUUUAAACAUUGUCCUAUGUAAAUAGUUAAAAACUUUGAAAAAUUGAUAAAGGCUAGAGGUUAGAUAUUUUGCAUGAAACAUUGUGUAGUAAUAGUGAUAAACAGAAUCCCUAAAGAAAGCCCAACACGGCAAAAUUGUAAAAUGUUGCAGGCUCGGUUCGAUUGAGCCUGUUCAUGGAUGGUUCUGGAAAGUGCAAGUUACCAUCCACGCCCCCUAGCACCGGCUUAAGCAGAAUUCAACUUUUAACACGAAAAUGGUAAAAUUUUGUGUUAGGAACAUCAGCAGAUGUGUUCAUACGGCGGUUAUCAUGGAACCUUCAAUGUGACACAGUAGUGCCAAUUUAUGACAAGCGGCAUAUGGUCCUCAAGUGAAAGAAUGCUUUUGCCCUAAACGAGAAAACAAUGGGCAAGAUUGUUCAAAAUGUAGCCCUGGGAUCAAAUUUGGCCCCGCCCCGGGGGUCAUUGAUUUUCAGUCAUUAUGUACAUACUAUGAUAAAAAAAUAAAAACUCUUCUUGUCUGAAGGUACAAGGCUUAGAACUUUGACAUUUUGUAUAUAAUAUCAUCGAUGGGUCCUCUAACAAAGUUGUUUAAAUUUCGUAUGCCCCUAGUGUUAAAAUUGCCCUGCCCCAGAGGUGAGUGAUAGUUUUCUUUACAUGUAUAUAGUAAAAACUUGAAAAUUCUUCUUCUCUGAAUUGAUAAAGGCUAAAGGUUAAAUAUUUAGUUGAUACAAAUUUAUUUUAGUUCGAUUGUGUUGGAAGCUGUAAGCUUAUUGAAACACUCUCGAAUCCAUUCCUGUAACCAACCAGUACUAAGCAAUGAAUGUAAAGUUUCUUGCUCAAGGAAACAACGGCUUGUCCCUGACAGGGUUUGAACCCACGUUAGAUAUUUGGCAUAAGACUUUUGAUAGUGAACCUCUACCAAUCUACCAAGAUUGUUCAAAUUAUAGCCCUGGUGUCAAAAUUUGCCUUUCCCGGGGUCAUUGAUCUAUGUACAUAUAGUAAAAAAUUAAAACAUUCUCUUGUCUUAAGGUACAAGGCUAAGAGCUUUGAUGUUUGCUUUAUAAUAUCAUCCAUAGGUCCUCUACCAAAGUUGUUCAAAUUUUGCCCCUAGUGUCAAAAUUGGCCCUGGCCGGGGCAUUAACUUUCUUUAUGUUCACAUAGUAAAAACUGAAACUAAAACGGAUGUUUUCUAAAUUGGAGAAAGCUACAGCCUAGAUAUAUGACAUGAAAUGUUGUUUGGUGGGUCUGUAUCAAGAUUGUUUGAAUUAAACCCUUGGGCCAAAAUUUUGUCUUGCCCAAGGUUACAGUGACCUACUUUUUUGUCCUUUAAUGAAAUUAAGACUAUGUGCACAGUCUUAGUUGUAAAAUUGAAAUUUAAUAUCAGGUGACCUAGAUUUCGAUGAUGUGACCUACUUUCUUGUCCUUUGAUGUGCAGCUAUGAAAUUUGUAUCAUGUGCACAGAUUAAGAUGUAAAAUGAACUUUUAUAUCAGCUGGCCAAGAAUUUGACAAAGUGUCUAACUGUGUUGUCCUUUGAUAUACAGUCAUGGAAUUUUGGCCAUGUGAAAUAUGACCUUCACCACGAAAUUCACUAGCCUCAACUGCAUUGAUAGAUUCCCACUCUGAUCUUUUAUUUGAAUAACAAUACAUUUAACCACUAACCUGAAGAAACAAAAAAAUCUUUCCCUACAUUAUUAUUUAGUGUUAUAUUAAUGCGGUGGCAUAGCAUUUUUUCACAAAUGCAAUCUCGUUUUUUGUCUAAGAUCUUUUGAUAAAGUUGUAAAAUAUCAUAAAGUCGUGAAAUAUAUUGUAAUUUUGGUUUCUUUUGUGACAACAAGCGCCAGUUUUUGUUGACCCGGAUCCGGAUAGCUCAAAAGAAAAGCAUAAAAUAUAUAUGCGUGAAUCUCAUCAAAAAGGAGAUACAAUUAUGACACUGUUAGCUAUUGAUCAGGAUUCAGAUGAUAGUGCUUUGAUUUACAGCAUUGGGGAUAGUAGCGCAAUUGUUCAGUCAUUAUUUGAAGUAGAUGGAAACUUGUUAAAAGUAAAAUCUACAGUGGCUGAGGAUUUCUUUGAUUAUGAAAGAGAAGGCGCAGUAUUAAGUUAUGCAAUCGUAUUGAAGGUAACUGAUGAACUUGGAUUAACAUCAACACUACAAACAACAAUAGAAAUCAAGGAUGACAAUGAAUUUGCUCCAGUGUUCACAAGUUCCACAGAGGCUUUCGGAUCCAUCACAGAAUCAUCACCUGGAG